AAUAUGCUCAAUUAAUAUGAGCCUCUAGAAUAGCCAGGGGUAGCAUUGAGCAUGCCUGAAUAUCCUACUUCAUCUGAAAUCCAUGAGAUCAAUUCAAAGGAAAAGUAGUCUCGUUUGUCAGACAUGUAAAGAGAUUCAGCAAUAUAAUUAGAUUACUACUUCUCAUUAUUAUAUUUUAUUUGAUAGUAGUGAUUGCAUUUUUUGUGGCAUUGGGAACAUCACAACAUUUCAGACAAUUUCUGUUUGACUUUUUUAAUGACAACUAUGAAAAUGGUAAUUUAUACCUUUAAUUAUCCUAAAGAUGCUUAUGGUUUGUUAUAUAUCGGAGCAUUUGAAUUUGUUUUAAUAAUAACAGGAUUUGAUAUAUUUUUAAUGGACAUAUUAUUUGGAUUUUUCAUUCGACCAUAUUUAACAGCAUUAAGUUUAUUAUUUGCAACUAAAAUGGCUGGAAAGUAAAAAUAUUAAGAAUUUUAGAUUUUUAUGUUUUGCCCUUGUAAAAUAUUGUUUUAGAGAAGAAAUUUAUUAAGCAUUUAAAGGAAAUAUUUUUUUUAAGACUUUUUAUAUAGCGGCACAGAUUAAUCCAAUAAAGAUUUUAGCAAUUUUAUAAUUGAUAACACUUCCAACAGCAUUUAAGACUUAUGUUGUUGGAGUGUUUGCUGUGAGCACUCCUUAAUACUUAAUGGUGACAUCAAUAAGUAAUUUUUUAUGGACUGGAUUUUGGGUUCAUGUUGGAGUUUAGGCAAAAAAUGUAAAAACAUUUAUAGAGACUGGAAAAUCAUCAGAUAUAAUGCCUUUGUAAGUAUAACUAAUAAUUUUUUUUGGGGGAAUCUGUGCUUUAGGAUAUUUGUUAAAACUUACUAAUUAAGUUUACUAAAAUAUUGUACAAGAAGUUUAAGGAUUGGAGAAGGAUAGAAAAUGA